AUGAUUUGGUUGCUCAUCCACUUGAUCCAUUACACUGGAGCUAAGAGACGCAUUAGAUGGGAUUGCUUCGAUUGUCAGAUGGGAACUCAGUAUGCAGAUCAAAUGAACUGCCAUGUUGGAGGCAUAAGGCGGUCCCUUUUAAAUGUCGAACUUAAUUUAUUGGAGGAACUGGACGCAAUUAAGGUGUAUGUCAAAAUUUCGACAAGAUUCAAGCCAACAAUUACGUAUCGAAAGUUUUUUGACAUUAACUUCAAUGGAUGUCGAGUAAUAGCCGAUAUGGUUCAAGGGACCAUGGUAUCGAACAUGUUUAAUGCAGUCGUCAAGUCGAGCAAUCAACCCCGAAAGUGUCCCAUAAAAAAGGGCGUAAUUUACUAUAAUAACAUAAGUAUUGAAGAGUCUUUACCUAUGUUUGUUCCCUCCGCCCAGCUAUUUAUCCAAGUAGACUUUUACUCUCGCCGGGAAUUGUACUUAAACGUUAGUUUAAGAGGAGAAAUAACUGAAAAAUAA